UUUAUCAGAUGCAUGACGCUGACCGUUGAUUUCAUGUGCAAACCAACUUCCAAGACCUAGAUAAACUAGAUCUUGGGAAUACGAGCUGGCUCCAGCGCCAACCCGCCAUCAGUUACCUAGUCUCUAUUUUUAAUCUUGUCCUCAACAAAAUCUAUAUUUAUUCUUUUUUAUAAUACUACUGAUUAUGCCUGGUAAGCGCAAGUUUCGAGAGGCCUGGAUAAAUGAAGAUUUUCAGUCUUGGCUAAAACCAGUUGAGGGAAACCCAGAAAGGGCUUCUUGCAGAAUCUGCCACAAGGAACUAAAUGCUGAAUUGACGUGUAUCAAAAGACAUAACACAAGUAAAACCCAUCUACAAAAUGAACGUGCAAUUGAUCUUGGACAGUUAGAGCUUGAAGGAAACCAAAACGACAGCAGCACUCCCAUAGGAGUGAGUACUGCUACCAUUCUACUCGCAUGUUUCAUAGCAGAAAAUAAUUUGCCAUUCACUACUGCCGACAAGUUGGUCGAUUUGAUGAAGAGGAUGUUCCCCGACUCUGCUAUAGCUCAGGGUUUAUUCAUGAAGCGUACAAAGUGUGCAGACGUGAUUAGAACCAUGGGGAAAACUGUAACAAACAGCCUGAUAAAAAAGUUGAGGACCAACAAAUUUUCCGUAAUCAUGGAUGAAUCAACUGAUGUAAGCACAACAAAGUCCUGCGCUGUAAUUGUAAGGUUUUAUGAUUCCCAUGAGCAGAAAAUCACCACAGCUAUGCUAGACCUUAUUAAUGUAUAUGACUCAAAUAAUGCUCAAGGUUCUACUGGAGAAAAUUUAUAUGCUCUCUUAAUAAAUACGUUGACAAAGUAUGAUAUUCCUCUCGGUAAUUUCAUAGGAUUUGCAGCUGAUGGUGCAUCUAACAAUGGGGAACAUAAUUCCCUGUGUAGUAGACUCAAGAUCUUAUUGCCUGGACUAACUGUAUUCAAAUGUAUAUGUCAUUCUAUUCAUUUAUGCUCUUCAGAGGCUGCAAAAACUCUUCCUCGUCACUGUGAAGAUUUGCUUCGCAGUAUAUAUACAUUUUUUGCACAUAGUUCAAAAAGGCAGCAUGCUUUCAAACUUUCACAGGAAUUUUGUAACACUAAGCCUCACAAAAUACUCCAUCCUUGUCAAACUCGCUGGCUUUCCUUGCACGAAGCAGUAAAAAGGGUUCUCGAACAGUGGAAACCCUUAAAACUGUACUUUAGUCAAAUUGAGGAGAAAGAACGGUUAACAACAGUGCAUCAGAUAGUUGAAAGGAUGAAGGAUCCAGCGGUUUUUUUAUAUUUUACAUUUUUAGAUUUCAUUUUGCCAAAAUUUAAUGAAUUUAAUUUAGUCUUUCAAAAAACUUCACCCACAAUCCAUUUGAUAUUUGAUAAAUUAACAAAAUUAUAUAGGUCUAUAAUGAGUACUUUUUGUCAGCCACAUAUUCUUCAGAAAUAUCCUUUGAUAAAUAUAGAUCCAUGUAAUGAUAAUAAUUAUGUUCCACUGAACCAGCUUUAUCUUGGAGCAGAACUUCACAGCUUGUUUCAGACAGAGUCCCUCAAAAACCGUGAUAUGGUGCAGGAUGUUAAAUAUAGAUGUAGACAGUUUUGUAUUUCCGUUUGUGUUGCAGUCAGGAAAAGGUUUGAUCUUGGCAAUCCUUUGUGGGAAAUGGUUUCGUUUCUGUCAGUCAGUAAGGCUUUAGAUUACCGGUCAAGAAUAGCCAUGCCAUCUUUACAAGACUUAAUUAAACUUGUCCCUAGAAUAAACGCAGAAGAUAACCAGAAGUUGGAUGAUGAAUGGCGGAGCUUAGAUUUUGUAUCAGUACCAGAUGAAAUAAGGCAUGAAAAAAAUAUCGAGGAAUUUUAUAAAGGGUUGGGUAAUCUAAAAGAUGAUGAAGGUAAUGUAAUGUUUUCAGCCUUAUCAAAUUUUGCUCUUCAUAUUUUAUCUUUACCAACAUCAAAUGCUGAUGCAGAAAGAGUCUUCAGUAAGUUAAAUUUUAUAAAGACAAAGCUUCGAAAUUCUUUACAGUUGCCAUCAAUUAUUGCUCUCAUAGCUGUGUCAGAGGAAGUUAAAAGAUAUGGUGGGUGUACCCAAUACACUGUUAAUGAUGAGAUGAUUGAAGAUGUCAAAAAUAUGUAUAAAAAAAAUUCUUUUGAAAUGGCUUAAUAAACAUAUUUUUCAAACGGCCUAAUGAACAUUCUCUUGUAAUAUCUUUGAAAUCUACGUUUUCUAUUGACACACACACACACACACACACACACACACACACACAC